ACACGAUGCCCGUCCGAUCGGCCCUCUUGGGUUCACAGCGAUAGCUCAGGCUAUUCGUCCCGCACCGGGAGUACUGAUAUGUAUUGCACUUGAGGAGACGCUGUUACGUCGCCCACUUGCACCUUCGACUGUGGUCUGACUGCGCAAGUCGCCCGCCGUCUGCAAGAGAUGUCCUCCACGCUUCGCAUUUUGAAACAAGUCACGAUGCUGGCGAUCACUGUGCUGCUUCUCAUUUCGCAUUGCAGCUUGGCGGCGUCCACGAACAGAACGAUCGAUGACUAUUACGGCGAUUCCGUAACAGGAAACAAACCGAUCUACACCGAGGGCUGGCAGUAUGGUCCGACCUGCUCGACGUGCACCAUCACACCGUCCGUCGAUGACCUGUUCGAUCGCUCAUGGCACGAAGCCACCGCCUUCGGAAAUGAUCCAUUUCCCGAAAAUGUCACGAUCUCGUUCAAUGGUACUGCCGUUUGGGUAUACUGCGUGGUUCCCAAUUUCCUGAACCAUAGUACCGGGGCUAUCACGACUGUCAACGUCACUUUCGAGCUCGACGGCAAGAAGGACGGGUUCUAUAUACACGAGGCCGAUGGCACCAAUAAUUCGUUCUACUACAAUGUCACCGCCUAUAGCAACAUAUCGCUGGAGGCUGGGGAGCAUACGAUUGUCAUGACGCCACAGGGCGCAACUGGUGCGACAUACAUGGGAUUCGACUGGGCACAAUAUACCACCAAUGAAUCCUCAGGCUCUCCAUUAAUUCCGCAACCGAAUGGUUCCUCGAGCACGACUUCCAUGACCAGUAACCCCACAGGCCCCGGCAUCCCAACACCAGCUCCAGACCGACACAGUCGCGUCGGCGCGAUCAUCGGCGGGGUCAUCGGAGGAGUGAUAGGCGUCCUGGCAAUCGUCGCAUUAGCCAUCGGUCUGUUGUAUCGGCGACGGAAACAGAGGAGGUCACCCCGAGUCGUUAUCGAGCCGGACGGUGAAGGCAUCCAGGAGGCCAAAACCAUUGCUAUCAGCCCCUUCACGUACUCCAGCUCAAGCCAAGUGGGUAGCUCCAACGACUCUGGGCAAGUUCUGAACGUCGUUCGUCCGAAAACCACCGGCUCCCCCGAGACGGACUCGCUCUCGCCGUCGGCCAUGUCUACGUCGACUGCACCGCUCACGUCGCAGAACCGGAAGACAGAGACCCCAUCGUCUGUGCUUCGCUCGGCGUCCGGGUCGACAGAGCCUCCAUCCCCUCCUCCGAACUCGAGCCGGAGUUUCUCUAUGUCCCCCACCAGCGGCUUUGACCGUGGCAGCUCGCCUCUCGGAGAGCUCUCCCGCCAGAUACGGGAAAUCGAGCAGACGGUGGCCGAUUUGCGUCGACGGCAGUCGACGGAUCACCGCGCGACCACGACCCUCAUUGCUUCUACCCAGCCGAACGUGAUAGGCAGUUCCCUGCGAGGUGACGAAGAACUCAGGCGGGAGAUCGCGGCUUUGCAGGUAGAGGUUGAGAGACUUCGGGCGGAGCAAGCUACGCUCGUUCAAGAGGCUCCGCCAGCAUAUGAGCCUCGAGAAGAGGAAGAGGAAAGAGAUGAACAACCAUCAGAGUAGUAACGGUCCAGACCCUCCCCCUAGAUUUAUGCCACACGAUUUCAGUCAAUUCUAAGACAGAUGACCUGCUGCUCCAGGAAAUACAGGCAGCGCAUUGUAACGUCGAAUUUCGAAAUGAAUGAACGUCCUUGCAAGUGCCUGUUCGACGAUGUACGAGCUACACGACAAAGGAAAUAGCACAGG